AAGGAAGAUUUGCUUUGUGGGAGGGGGAGGGGGUUGAUGGAAGAGCCCCCCCUUCCCUCUGGGAAUCCAUAGAAAGUGGGGGGAGGCUGAUCCACGCAGUCCAGCUGCAAAGUGUGGCCAAUACUGUUUCCACUGAAGCUGCCCCCCCAACCCAAGUUUGUUUUUCCUAACAGCUAGAGUCAUUGCUUAAGUAGCAGCAUAUCGUAAUUGGUCCAGUGACAGUGUUGUUGCGAUGACAAAGGGGUAUGUACGUCAAACUGUAUCUCACGCUGUGAGCUCCUUGAAGGAAGGCCUGGGUAAAUAUAGAGAUAUAGAUGGGAGAGGUCAUCAGGCGAUUUGGAGUACAAUGCCAUCAAUAUGCCGAUGACACUCAGCAAUAUCUCUCCCUACCACCUGAUUGCAGGGAGGGAGUGCUCAUCCUAAAACACUGCCUGGAGGCUGUGAAGGGCUGGAUGUGGGCUAACAAACUGAAACUUAAUCCAGACACGACGGAAGUACUUCUGGUCAAGGGAAAAACUGCACCAGGGAUGGGGUUGCAACCUGUUCUGGAUGGGGUUGCAGUCCCCUUGAAGGAGCAGGUCCGCAGUUUGGGAGUCCUCCUGGAUCCUGCCCUGCUGCUUGAAUAUCAGGUGGCUGCGGUAGCCAGGAGUGCUUUUGGCCAACUCAAAAUGGUUUACCAGUUGUGUCCGUUCCUGGAAGCAGUUGACUUGGCCACAGUGACACAUGCAUUGGUGACAUUGAGGCUUGAUUACUGUAACGCACUCUAUGUGGGGCUGCCUUUGAAAAUGGUUUGGAAAUUGCAGUUGGUUCAAAAUGCAGCAGCCAGAAUGUUAACUAGAGCAUAGUGUAGGGAGCAUAUUCCCCCUGUGCUUUUUCGACUCCACUGGCUCCCGAUUAGUUUCUGGGCCCGAUUAAAAGUGCUGGUUCUGACCUUUAAAGCCCUAAACGGCCUUGGACCAAUGUACCUGAGGGACCACUUAUGCCCAUAUGUACCUGCUCGGGAUUUAAGAUCAUCUGCCUCUGGUCUCCUCUGCCUGCCUGGAGUGAAAGAUGUUAAACUGACAGGCACGCGGGAGAGAGCUUUUUCAGCUGUGGCCCCCAAGCUUUGGAAUACCCUACCCCAAGAAGUCCACUCUGCUCCCUCCCUGAUGGUUUUCUGGAGACUUCUGAAAACGAUUUUGUUCCGGAGAGCCUUUGGGAGGGACUGAAGGCCCUUGAGAGCUGCUCUCUACGUGGGAGUCCCAGAGCUGGCCUAGUUUACGCCUCCCUCUCAGGCAGCGCCAUGGCCUCAGAGGCACCGUCCGGAUUGUCUCUUCUCUGGGAUAGAGUGGAAAGAGCGGCCGGGCAGCAACAUCAGGGUCUGUUGACUUUCCAGGCUCUCUUGACCUUUGAGGAGGUGGCCGUGUAUUUCACGGAGGAGGAAUGGGCCCUGCUGGAUCCUGGCCAAAGAGCUCUGCACCGGGAAGUCAUGCAGGAGAAUUACGAGAUGGUGGCCUCUCUCGAAUUGGACCUCAAUUCCUGUUGGGAAGAAAGAAAAGUCCUGUUUACCCAGGACCAGAAAGAAGAGGAGGCAUCAGCAGGAAUUUCAAAACCGGAGUUCAUCUGUUGGCUGGAAGUACAGUAUCCAGUUGGAUCGGGCUGUGAUGAAGGGUCAAUAUCAGCAGAUGUUGGGGAGAAGAAUGAGAAUGAUAGGGAACCACAGAUGGUGUCAUCAGCAAUAGCCGAGUGCGAAGCACAGAAAGAGUUCUUUGGAAAUCACAACGGACCAAACAAGCAUCAAAAAAACCUAAAAGAGGAGAAACCAUUUCAAUGCAUGGAGUGUGAAAAGAGCUUCUGUGCGAGGAGUAGAUUAACUGCACAUCAAAGAACACACACAGGGGAGAAACCGUUUCCAUGCAUGGAGUGUGGAAAGAGUUUCAGUACGAGGAGUAAUCUAACCAUUCAUCAAAGAAUACACACAGGGGAGAAACCAUAUAAAUGCACACAAUGUGGGAAGAGCUUCACUCAGAGCUGUCAUGUUACUUCACAUCAAAGAAUGCACACAGGGGAGAAACCAUAUAAAUGCAGAGAGUGUGGGAAGAGCUUCAGUCAGAGCAGUAGCCUUUCGGUACAUCACAGAACCCACACAGGGCAGAAACCGUGUAAAUGCACAAUAUGUGGAAAGGGCUUUGGUAGUAACAGUAAACUGACUGUACAUCACAGAAUACACUCUGGGGAGAAGCCUUUUAAAUGCAUGGAGUGUGGAAAGAGCUUCAGUAAGAAAACUCGCCUUUCAUUACAUGAAAGAAUCCAUACACAGGAGAAACCAUUUAAAUGCACACAAUGUGGGAAGAGCUUCAGUCAGAGCAGUUAUGUUACUUCACAUCAAAGAAUGCACACAGGGGAGAAACCAUAUAAAUGCAGGGAGUGUGGAAAGAGCUUUAGUCGGGCCAGUCACCUUUCUGUACAUCAUAGAACCCACACAGGGGAGAAACCAUUUAAAUGCACGAUAUGUGGAAAGGGCUUUGGUAGUAACAGUGAACUGAGUUUACAUCACAGAAUACACACUGGGGAGAAGCCUUUUAAAUGCAUGGAGUGUGGAAAGAGCUUCAGUCAGAGCAGUAGCCUUUCUGUACAUCACAGAACCCACACAGGGGAGAAACCGUGUAAAUGUGUGAUAUGUGGAAAGGGCUUUAGUAACAAUAGUAAACUGAUAUUACAUCACAGGACACACACUGGAGAGAAGCCUUUUAAAUGCAUGGAGUGUGGAAAGAGCUUCAGUCGGAAAACUCACCUUUCUGUACAUGAAAGAAUUCACACACAGGAGAAACCAUUUAAAUGCGUGGAGUGUGGGAAGAGCUUCAGUCGGAAAACUCACCUUUCUGUACAUGAAAGAAUCCAUACACAGGAGAAACCAUUUAAAUGCGUGGAGUGUGGGAAGAGCUUCAGUGUGAGCAGUAAUCGUAAUUCACAUUACAGAAUACACACAGGAGAGAAACCAUAUAAAUGCAAGGAGUGUGAUAAAACCUUCAAUCAGAGCACUCACUUUACAUGAAAGAAUCCACACAAGGGAGAAACUAUAUGAAUGCAGGGAGUGUGGAAAGAGCUUUGGAGUGAGUAUAUUCUCUGCCUCCGUUCCAUCUUCUGAAUCAGGAUAUGCUGUGCAGGUAAUGGACAGAUGUCUGGAGGCAGUGAUGGGCUGGAUGGAGGCCAACAAACUGAGGGUGAAUUCUAAGACAGAAAUGCUGUAGGUGGGAGGUUCCCUGUACCUGUAUUGGAUUUAAAAAUAUAUAAGGUAUGAGGUACGUGUUUUGUUUUGUUUUGAUUGUUGGUGUUUUUGAGAUAUAUGGGAGGUGAACAAUCUUUGGAAAUAAACAAAUGAUAAUCCCAGUGGCGACACUAGGGGGGUGCGUGGGGUGCGGACCACACCAGGUGACAUCUUCAGAGGGGGGUGACUCUCAGCUUUAAUUUUAAAAAAAAUAAGUUUCUAGGUGGUCUGGUUCUCGAGAUAUGCAUAAAAAUGUCAGCCGCCACCCAGUGGCGUCACUAUGGGGUAGCGGGGGGUGCGGACCACACCAGGUGACACCAUCAGAGGGGGGUGAUUCUCAGCUUUAAUUAAAAAAUUAAGUUUCUAGGUGGUCCAGUUCUCGAGAUAUACAUAAAAACAUCAGCCACCCCAGUUAAACCUUUUUUUAAACUACUGUAUAGCACUUUGUAGCUUUAACCCCGCCCAUUCAGGAUUGCAGCCAAUCAGCGAAGUGUUUGUUUGACCUGUGGCAGUGUCUAGUAAACCUCAUUGCAAGGCCAGAAAAUGGUGGUCCCCCCCCCCGUUUAUGUGAAAAUAUAUACAUUUAUAUAUUAUAUAUAAAUAUAUACAAGUAUAUACAUUUCAGUUUUUUCCCCUCUUGCAUGUAGGAGUCAGAUCCUGGGCAGUGUUUUGAAAACCUUCCCAAUACUUGCUUUUGUGGGGGUAAAAGCAUUGCUAAUCCCAUAUGUCCAGAGUAAAUCCCAUUGAAUUCAAUAGGAUUUACUUUUGAGUAGACAAGGUUAUGAAUGUGCUGAAAAUCAAUGGGCCUUUGGAGUGAAUGUAAAAAAGAAUUGUGUUUGUGUUGUCUUUCUGUUCCCCUCCCCUCCAGUCCUAUUUUAAAGCAAGUAGGCAGGGCUUACUUAGGUAUUACAGUUUUUAUUCUGUAGGAAACUAAUACUGAUUUUUAAAAAACUAAUACUGAUUUUUCUGCAAUGACCAACUGGUUUGACAAUAAACUAUUAUAUGGGCUGUAUAUAUUUAUACAUCUGCAGUGUGUAUGUGUGUGUAGUCUUUCCAACAACCCUGUGAGGUAGGGUUGGAAACCAAGGCAGCUCACAACAAGAAAUAAAGCCAUUUAAAAUCCAAUAACCAUAAAGCAAGAAUAAACAGUUGGAAAACAGCCUAAAGAGGCAUGAUUCUGAAUUUUGGGUUGGGUGAAUGAAGUUUAUUUUAUUAUUUGAUUUAUAUCCCGCCCUUCCUCCCAGUAGGAGCCCAGGGCGGCAAACAAAAGCACUAAAAGCACUUUAAAACAUCAUAAAAACAGACUUUAAAAUAUAUUUAAACAUCUUUGAAAAUAUUUUUUAAAAGCUUUAAAAAACAUCUUUAAAAAAAAGGCUUAAAAACAUAUUAAAAAGCAAUUCCAACACAGACUCAGAUUUGGAUAUGGUCUCAACUUAAAAGAACAAGUUCCUUAUCACUUGAGGCUGUAGUUCUCUGCACACUUCCCAGUUUGAGUAAGCCCUAUUGAAUAUAUUGGGAUUUGCUUCUGAGUAAACAAACAUCGGAUUGCACUAUAAAUAUAUUUACAGAUUGUGUAAUUCAUAAACAUUUGAUAGUCAUGUUUAUAUAAAUAUUUCUUCAUACUGUGUCCCAAUAAGUAUUUGAUUUCACACUAUGGUUGUAGCUGAUAGUUUCCUCUACAUUUUAAGUGUGCCCUUCUUCCUGGGGGUGGUCAUGGUUCUCCCUUGUUUUCAUCCUGAGGGGAGGAUAGGCUGAGAGAUGGUGAGUAGCACAUUUAAGGUCUCUUCACCUCCCCCCCUUUUUUAUUUGUAUUUAUUUUAUAUUUCUCCAAUGUCUUUCCCUGGCUGUUUUUAUGUAUUUUAAAUAUUUUUAGAUUAAAUAAACAGGAAAUCAUAAUUGUGAACCUCCCUAAAAGCAAUUUACCUAUCUUUAUGUUUUGGCAAAGUGAUGGUGUGAAGGCAUGCUGGUAGAACAAGAGACCAUGUUUGAGGCAUGUUAUAAGGUGUUUGAGGACUUUGUCACACAUUACUUUUUGAGACCUGUAGAUUCAUGUUGGAAAGAACACAUUCACGUAUUGAAUGGUGGCUUGGGUGCUGUUUCUUCAGUCUACACUGCAUGCGUAGGGAAGGUGAUACAUCAUCUGGCAGCUAGCUUCAUAACGUGAGAAUGAAAAACAUUUGGAUCACCAUUCACUUGUUUACGUUUCUCACUAUUGAGACCACUUCAUAUAUUACAUUUUCAUACACAAAAAUUUAAUCUUUGUAUAGGAGUAUUUUGUAAAAUGUGAAGGACAGUGGCUGCCCAGUCAGUAUAACCAGUGUGCAAGAUCUACUCAGCCACUGUAAUUGCCUUUUUGUUUUGAGUGCCCUUUUGUCUGGGUCUUGGUUCAGGUGUGUAUCCAACUUUGAUGUGCUUAUGGAAGGGGUGUGCAAGUAGUUCCCCCCCAAGUGUGGAGGCUUGGUCAAACAUUGUGUUAUGGAAAACCAAAGUCUGUGUGAAAGUACAUAUUUGGGAAUGCCAUCAGUGUAAUCCUAAACACACUUAAUAAAUAAUAUCGAACUUGCACAUCACAAAAUAUAUUACGGUCAUGUCCAUAAGCACCAGGAGGGUAGUCGCCCAGGGGAUCUUAGUCCCUCUGCUAUUUUGGGAGCAGGGUCCCUAUGUCUCCAAGCAUCCUACAGUCAGCAUGAAAAGGGAGUGUGUUAGUCACUGAGAAGAGUCUUCUAAUAGGCUUCCUUGCCUUUCCUGCUGAUUGGAGCCAAUCAGAGUGAAAGGAGGUGAGUCAGCCACUAAGAAGACUCUUCUCAGUUGCUAACGCUCUCCACUUACAUGCUGAUUGGCUCCUAGAGAUGUUUGUUGUUGUGAGAGAAUGCAUUAACAAAGAUCUCAUUCUUAAUCCAGGAGUAAAAAAGGGUGUAUGUGGCUGCAACUAUCAUGAAGGGACUCUGCACUUCUGAAUUUUCUACUAAACAACUGAUAAAUACCUAUGUAACUUUGUGUCUGGAGACUUAUUAGUAAGAAUCACUUUCCAUAACUGUAAGGAGGUAUGUCCACACGCAUGCAUCCCAGGCACCUAAAUGAGGGGUGAGAGCAGCAUAGGGACAUAAGCAGAUGUCUUAUACCAGGGAUUCCCAAACUUUUCUUCUACAUAGACCACUUGAAAAUUGCUGAGGGUCUGAAAGUAUCUGAAAAUUUACUAUGGGCAUAUGCAAGAUAAUUAACUCCCAUUAGUGAUAAGAGCAAGAAUUUGGGCUGUGCAUAUGAUAUUGUAAUUUAAAGGUGUAAUUUUAAUUUUGCUAGUUGUUUAUGUCACUACUAUUGCCAUUACAUUCAGUGAUAUACGGGAAUUACGAUUUACGAGUAACAUUAGUACAAAAAACAUUACUAAGGAUUCUGUAUGGUCUGGUACAGGAGGAGGUCCAUGGGGGUGACACCAUGAGUUACCGCACCGGGUGACACCAACCCUAGUGACGCCACUGAAUAAUCCUUGUAUGUGAUGGCUAGUUUACCAGGUGCUUCCAUAUCCUAUAUCCUUUAAAUAUUGAUUGUAUUCAUUUCCCUUUUUAAAACUUGACUUUAAAUGUUGAUUUGUAUUGACAAUUUUAAUCUUUGGUUUUUUAAAAAAACUUCAGGAAUAUCCAGAUUUCGUUAAAUAAUAAAUGAAGUAAAU